AUGCGCCAACCUCGGUUGCUGUCGCUGCAUCGUUAUUGCUCGAAUCCCAACCGUUGCGACCAACCGGGCGCCAACAUGGCCAGGCCUUCGAGUCGUCAUGACGCCCGAAUCAGCCCCGGCCCCGGUCUCGUGCUCAGGUCCCAUCGGUUCCGGCCCCACCUUAAGCCUCGGUGUCUGGUUGUUGUUGUCACCUCUAGGCCCAGGCUAGUUGUAAUGCCUCUGCGGCAGUGCAAGUCAGCCAAAGUCUGUAUCAUCUCGUUGCCGUGGCAACUGGCAAUUGGUCGAGGCUUGACUCGAGUGGAUUAUACUCAAACCCGUAGCCUCGGGGCAGGCGUCCGCCUUGGACACGAAUGCCUGGGCGACGACGGAGGAGCUGAUUCGUCCUCUCACACUUCUGGCGGGUGGUGGCCUCCUGGGUGGUUUGGCCGGUUUGUCUUUGAGGCUGGUUUGAUGUUGUUGCCCAGUCGACCAGCCAAUUGA